AUGAAGAACACAGCAGUCCUCUCUAUCGUUUCGGUUCUGUGCGCUACUGCGUUCGCCUUGCCCAGCCAGGUCGGUAACCAAGCCGCCGAUGAAGGUCUCGAUCGCCGUGCUGUAGGACCUCUGUACGGCCCAGACUUCGAUAUCGUCUUUGUUGCGAGCGUCUCAGCCGAGAAACUGUACGAUCCUAAUACUCAGGCUUACAACGCUCAAUUCCGUGCCCAUAUCAACCAUCACAACAAUGCUAUGGACAUCUUCCAGCCCGGCCCUUACAUCCGAGCCACAUGGGAAUCGUCGGGUCAAGCAAAGUCUAACGGUGAUCAUCUCGAACAUUGCUACACGAUCUCUGGAGGCGCAGAAUUCCGCCCUCACAACCCAAAAGACACUGUCGUGCUCUGUUUCCGCUUCAAGCGCUGGUCGGUCAACUUCUCGAGCUGGUGGCUCAAGUCGACCAACAUCCUCGAUAACGAUCUUGAUCCGGAAGUUCCCGUCAAUUCUGCGCUCUUCGUCAAUGGCCAGAAGCUCCAGCAGGACCUGGGACCCCUAGUCUAG